AUGAGAAGUAUUUGCACUUUCAAACUGAAUUAUUUAAUAAUACAAUUAAAUUAUAACUAUAUCGCUGACACUAUCAUUAAUGGACAUACAACUGAAAUAACAGACAUAACGUCUAUAUUUUUACGUUAGUUUCUUAUGGGUUUCCUGUCCAAUAACAAAGACUAGUCACUAGUCACUAGUCACCAAAAUGGCGGCCAACAAGGAUGAAGAUGGUGAAAGUAGCGAAAAUAAAAACACAGAAGUAAAUCAACGGCAAAGUACGCAGUCUGUUAGCGAAUGGGAAACAUUUUCUGAAGAACCUACGACUCAUAAUAUCACGGCGAUCGAGGGACCGGGCAAGACGGAUCACAACAUCAGCUCUGAGAAAUACCUGGAGACACUUGAGGCCAAGCUCAAGAAAAUCAAAGGCAAAGACUCUUCCCAACUUACCUCAAAACAUCUUCUUCAAGGGUUACAUGAGGCAAAGGAAUCACAGCUGAAUAGAAUGAUGGCAGUAGAAUCUAUACAAUUUAUUACCACAGAAGCUUACAUUGUGGAUGAAGCACAGACUCAAAGAACUGGCUACUGUAAUGAUAUAUAUAGGCAUGCCUUCCCACAGCAACCUAUCAACAAAGAGGAAACAGAGUGCUUGAUACAACAGGAACCUGAGUAGAAUAUUAAAUUUUGAGGUAUAUGAAGCUGCUUAUUUCACUGGUUUUGAGUGCCUACUAGAUGAAAUACUCUAGCACAGUCAUAAAUAGAAACUUAAGAUUUACGACAGCAGAGGGGCAAUAACUGGGCUCAAAUUACAUUUCUUUGAACCCUCAAAAAAUAUAUUGUGUGUGCACUGACACUCUCUACUUUUGUAAAUCUUAAGAUGUCUAAUGUUUUGGGGGUGGCGACAUCCCAUUUUCUUUAUGUAAAUAACAGAGUUGCAAAACUUUUAAAAUCCUAAAUCCUCACCUUUAUACAAAAUAAUCAAUCCAUUCCAUUUAAUCCAUUUAAUCAACCUCUUCCUCUUUAAAGAGACGAAAUCAGACACAAGUUUGUGUCAAAUGCUGUGCUACAAUUAGUAACUGAUGGGUUUUCAAAGGUCAUUUUUGAAAAAGAAAGAAAAUAGUAAUUUAGAAGUUUUUUUUUUUGACAGUGUUAUAUCACAGGGAGCCCAAGCUCACAUUUUGUUGUGUUUGAGAUUUAUAUGAAAGUCAAAAUACACAAAAUUCAAUUCACAAAACA